UUGACAUUUCACGUUAUUGUAGUACAUGAAAAUAUCUGCGCUAGAUUUCUUAAUGUAGUGUCGGUAGAUUGAAUGAUAAUGUGUAAUGUUUGCUGGUUUUAAGGAGUUUUAAACAUAACGAAAAUGAAUCUACAAUGUUCUAAAAAUAUUUUUAAUAUCGUAUUAUAGGAAACUAUAUAUUUUUUCUUUAAGUAAAAUGACUGAUAAAGCAGAUAUCCCAAGAGAUGCCAAAUUCUCUUGUGAAGAUCUUUUUCAAGCAGAUUCCGAUUUUAAGUACAAAUCAGAAAUCGAUCCCGAUUUGAAAGAGACAUUGAAAGACAUUCCAGGCGCUCUAGAGUACAUCCAGAAACUGGAAAAACUGAUAGUAAAGCACCUGAAGAAGAUAGUUAAAUUGAAAAACAAACUGAAAAAGACUGAUAAACUCGUAGAUGUUUUUACACAAACUGAUUUCGAAGCAGACACAGAAUAUACAGUUUGUAAUUCUGAUGUAGGCACUGAGAUGCCAGUUGGUGAGCCAAAAAGUUUGGCAGACGAUAUCAAAGACGCAGCUGAAAUGGCUAUGAAAAACACUGGGUUUGUCUAUGAAGAAACAUCUGGAAUGUAUUACGAUUAUAAUACAGGAUAUUAUUAUAAUGCGGAAUAUGGACUCUAUUAUGACGGUUCAACAGGAACAUAUUUAAAUUACAAUCAAGAUACCAAGUCUUACGAGUUCCAUUCUCAAGUGAGCUUACAACCAGCAGAGCAAAAACCAACCAGAAGAAAAAAACGUAAAAACAAAAAUGGCAGCAGAAAUAAAGUAAAGUCUUCUUCUGAUUUGGAGGACCUAGAGAACUCUUUCAAUAAUAUGAGCAUAAAUAAUCUACGAUCCAUUGCUCUGGACAUCUCCAAGCAGUGGCCCCCCUGCAUGCGUGUCAUCGUCGAAUCGACCGACAGUUCCAAGCUGAAGGAGGGUUCCCUGCACAUAAUAACCUUCGAAGGGGGCACCUUGGGCCGCGAGGGCAGCCACUCCAUCCUGGUGCCCGACGCUAGCGCCAGCAAGCACCACCUCAAGAUCACCUUCGACAAGGACACGGGCCUGUUCUACGUCGUCGACCUGGGCUCGAGAAACGGUACGCUGCUGAACGGCAAGCGGAUAUCGCCUUCGAAGCAGGAAAGUGAGCCAAUCGCAGUGGAGCACGGCAGCAGGCUGCAGAUAGGGUCGACAGUGUUUCUGUGCCACGUCCACGAAGGAAGCCAGACGUGCGGGCAUUGCGAGCCGGGGCUGAUUCAAGCCAAGGAAAUAGUGACGACAAUUAGCAGAUCAGAAAGGCACAAGAAUGAGUUGAAAAACCUGAAAAUGAAAUGCGGAGUGGGUGCAGAAUACGGAGAAGACCCCAAAUUGGCAGCCGGCUAUACAGACAGGGCCCAAAAACGGAGGGAAACAGUUGGCAGUCAAAACCCACACGAAAAAACCAAGGUGGCAUCGUUAGAUGAGUCUAUAGAUAAGGAAAACAAAGGGUUUAAACUCCUCGCCAAAAUGGGGUGGAAAGAAGGGCAGUCUUUAGGAAAAGACGGGGAAGGUCGUUUAGAACCAGUGAGGCCGGUUGCUAAUCAAGGAACUGCUGGUAUUGGUAGUAACGAAGCUCACGUGUCAGUUAAGGUCCCCAACGAGAAACAGUCUAUUUGGAAGAAAGCUCAGGAAAGAUUCGAAAAGUUACCAGCAACUAGUGAUGCUUUCGAGGAAGAUUUGGCUAACUGAAAUUAUUUUACUUUUGAUGCAUGGUUAUUUUCAUGUAAAUAUAAUGAUGAUUGAACUGUUAACAUGUAUAAUUGUAUUGUUGAAAAUAAAGGUUGUGAGGCGGU